AUGAUAAGGGAGGGUGCCUCUCACUACUACACCACCUCACCUGUCUUCCAUCCUGUGUGUCUUUCAUCCAGCUGGGGGCCCCCUGUUGAACCCCUUCUCUGUCUGGGACUGGCUCUGCGCCUGCCGGGCCGUCGCUACAGACCGCAGAUCUGCUCAGGAGCCAGGAUUUACUUUAUCUUAGAAGAAGGGAGGGUGCGGAUAGAAAGUGUAAAAUGUGGAACAGCUGAGCUAAAGAUGGGAUCACUUUUGUCAUACUUUGACCGCCUGUGCGGGAGACAAAGAGGCAAAGAGGAGGAGCGACACCUGCGAGCUAAUGACAGACCUUUCAACCUGUCUUAUCAGUAUGCUGACAAUGCGAUCAAGACCUCCAAAUACAACAUCUUCACCUUCCUCCCACUCAACCUCUUUGAGCAGUUCCAGAGGCUGGCCAAUGCCUACUUCCUCUUCCUCUUCUGCCUUCAGUUAAUCCCACAAAUCUCGUCUCUCUCCUGGUUCACCACGGCUGUCCCUCUGAUCCUGGUGCUCUCCAUAAGUGCAGUCAAGGACGCCAGUGAUGACAUAAACAGACACAAAUGUGACAAGCAGGUGAAUAACCGGAAGGUCGAUGUCCUCAUCGAUGGAGAACUGAAGAGUGAAAAAUGGAUGAACGUUCAAGUCGGAGACAUCAUCAAACUGGAGAAUAAUCAGUUUGUCACAGCUGACCUCCUGUUGCUGUCCAGCAGUGAGCCUCUCAACCUGGUCUACAUAGAAACAGCUGAAUUAGAUGGUGAAACCAAUCUGAAGGUGAAACAGGCCCUGACUAUCACAGGAGAGAUGGGUGACAGCAUCGAGGGGCUGGCUCGCUUCAACGGUGAGGUGCGAUGUGAGCCGCCCAACAACCGCCUGGACAAAUUCAAGGGCACCCUGAGUCUGAAUGGACAAACGUACUCGCUGGACAACGAGAAGGUGCUGCUGAGAGGCUGCACCCUGAGGAACACCGAGUGGUGCUUCGGUCUCGUGAUCUUUGGAGGUCCUGACACCAAGCUGAUGCAGAACUGCGGCAAGACAACGUUCAAGCGGACCAGCAUCGAUCACCUCAUGAAUGUGCUCGUGUUGUGUAUCUUCGGUUUCCUGGCUUGUAUGUGCGCCAUCUUGGCUGUUGGUAACGCUAUUUGGGAGGCGAAGGAGGGAUCGGUGUUCACAGCCUUCCUCCCUCGCCCUCCCGGGGUUAACACUCCCUUGUCUGCCUUCCUCGCCUUCUGGUCCUACGUCAUCAUCCUCAACACUGUGGUGCCCAUAUCGCUCUACGUCAGCGUGGAAAUCAUCCGUCUGGGCAACAGCUUCUACAUCGACUGGGACAGGAAGAUGUAUUACCCCAAAAAUGACACGCCUGCCCAGGCGAGGACCACCACCCUCAACGAGGAGCUGGGCCAGAUCAAAUACAUCUUCACUGACAAAACGGGCACCUUGACACAGAACAUCAUGAGUUUCAACAAGUGCUCCAUCAAUGGGAAAUCGUACGGAGAGUUGCUUGAUUUUAAUGGACACAGGAUGGAAAUAACAGAGAAGACAAAGAAAGUCGACUUCAGCUGGAACACACUGGCUGACCAGAAGUUCGUGUUUCAUGACAACAGUCUGGUGGAGACGGUGAGGGAAGGAAACCCAGAGGCACACGCCUUCUUUCGCUUACUGGCUCUGUGCCACACUGUCAUGCCUGAGGAGAAGAAAGAUGGAGAGCUUUACUAUCAGGCGCAGUCACCUGACGAGGGCGCUCUGGUGACGGCAGCAAGAAACUUUGGGUUUGUUUUCCGCGCUCGGACACCAGAGACCAUCACAACGGUGGAGAUGGACACAAAAAUUACCUACGACCUCCUGGCUGUUCUGGACUUCAACAAUGUCCGCAAGAGAAUGUCUGUCAUAGUGCGCAACCCUGAAGGCAAGAUGACUCUGUACUGCAAAGGAGCAGACACCAUCAUCUACGAGAGGCUGCACCCUUCCUGCAAUAAACUGAUGAAAGUCACCAGCAGGCACCUCAGCGAGUAUGCAGGUGAUGGACUACGUACGCUGGCUCUGGCCUACAAGGACCUGGAUGAGAGCUACAUGGAUGACUGGAUGAAACGACACCAUGAAGCCAGCGUUGCCAUGGACGAUCGAGAGGAGAGACUCGAUCAACUCUACGAGGAGAUAGAAAAAGACCUGCUGCUGCUGGGAGCGACGGCCGUGGAGGACAAGCUCCAGGACGGUGUGCCGCAGACCAUAGAGCAGCUGGCGAAAGCUGACAUCAAAAUCUGGGUGCUGACAGGAGAUAAACAGGAGACAGCAGAGAAUAUCGGCUAUUCAUGCAACAUGCUCAGGGAGGAGAUGAAGGAUGUUUUCAUUGUGGCGGCCGACACAGCCGAGGGAGUGAGAGAGGAGCUACAGAAAGCAAGAAGGACAAUGUGUCCAGGCGCACCAGAGAAGGCAUCUGUGAUCGAGGCUCGCGCCGGCCUGUUCUGGCGUCUGAAGACACAGACUGUGGAGGAUGAGAAGGUGGAUGGGGAAUAUGGCCUCGUUAUAAAUGGCCACAGCCUGGCCUUUGCCCUGGAGAAGGACAUGCAGCUGGAGCUGCUGAGGACAGCAUGCAUGUGUCAGACAGUGAUUUGUUGCAGGGUCACCCCUCUGCAGAAAGCCCAGGUGGUGGAGCUGGUCAAGAAGUACAAGCAGGCUGUCACGCUGGCCAUUGGGGAUGGAGCCAACGACGUAAGCAUGAUCAAAGCUGCCCACAUCGGUGUCGGUAUCAGCGGCCAGGAGGGCAUGCAGGCUGUGCUCUCCAGUGAUUUCUCCUUCGCCCAGUUCCGCUACCUGCAGCGCCUCCUGCUGGUCCACGGCCGCUGGUCCUACCUGCGCAUGUGCAAGUUCCUGCGCUACUUUUUCUACAAGAACUUCACCUUCACCUUCGUCCAUUUCUGGUACGCCUUCUUCUGCGGCUUCUCUGCACAGACUGUAUAUGACGAGUGGUUCAUCACUUUGUACAACCUGGUGUACACGGCUCUUCCUGUUCUUGGCAUGAGUCUCUUUGACCAGGAUGUUAAUGACCGUUGGAGUUUCCAGUAUCCUCAGCUCUACUCUCCUGGCCAGUUAAACCAGUACUUCAGUAAGAAGGCCUUUGUACGCUGCAUGUUGCACAGCUGCUACAGCUCCCUCAUCCUCUUCUUCAUCCCCUGGGCCGCCAUGUACGACACCGUCCGAGAUGACGGCAAAGAUAUCGCGGACUACCAGUCCUUUGCUCUGCUGGCACAGACCUGUUUGCUCAUGGCAGUUAAUGUACAGCUGUGUCUGGACACCCAUUACUGGACAGCUGUAAACCAGUUCUUUGUAUGGGGCAGCCUGUCUGCCUACUUCGCCAUCACAUUCACCAUGUACAGCAACGGCAUGUUCCUCAUCUUCACCUCCGUAUUCCCUUUCAUUGGCACUGCACGAAACUCUCUGAACCAGCCUAACGUGUGGCUGACCAUCCUGCUCACCUCCAUCCUCUGUGUACUUCCUGUGGUGGCUUUCCGCUUCGUUCUCAUGCAGCUGCGGCCCACCAUCAACGACAAGGUGAGGUAUAAGAUGCGAAAGGAGGCGGUGCCAGCUCCCACACCCCGCCGCCACCCCAGGAAGGUCAGCACCCGGCGGUCAGGCUACGCCUUCUCCCACGCCCAGGGCUACGGCGAGCUGGUGACAUCUGGACGGUUCUUGCUGAAGCGACCCACAAAGAGCCGGUCGACCCUUUUCUCUCAGGUUGACUCCCCUCUGGCCCAGAACCAACCCCAGCAGUACCGCACCAUCACUGAGGUCCCGGAGGAGCCACAGAGCACGUAG